AUGAUUGAUGGAGAUGCAAAAAUUGUUAGUCGCCCUGCAAUAUUUCUUUUUCCAUUCUUGCAUGAUAAUAGCCAUGUGUCUGGGCACAUGGAUAACCAGGUGCGGCUUCCCUCCUGGGCAAGAUGGGGGCGCCAGGCCUGGGCGAGGUCGGCCGCCUGCGCAGAAGAACCGCCCCCAGCGGCUGCACCACCCCCGCAUAGCAGGAGCCCAGGCCCGGCCAGGGAAGGCAGCCGUGCCAAGGACGCUCCCGGCUCGACCAGCUCUUACUUCUCGGUGGGCUCGUCCAGUUCCGGCGCUGUCGAGCUCCUCUACGCGAAAGAGGAUGAUUCUGAAGAUAUUUUAGAGGAGAGGAGACAUGUCAGUGACUUGAAAUUUGCGAUGAAAUGCUACACACCUCUUGUCUUUAAGGGAAUUACUCCUUGCAAGCCAAGCGAUAUUAAAUGCAGUGUUCUCAGUUCUGAAGAAAUUCAUUAUGUCAUUAAGCAGCUACGACGCGCUAUCCAGGAGCACCCUGUUGUCCUGCUGCCUGGUCACCAGAGUUACAUUGACUUUCUGAUGCUCUCCUUUCUUUUGUACAGUUAUGACUUACCUGUCUUGUUACGGAAUGGUUAUGUUCCUGUUGAAUUUUUCCUCGAAGGGACAAGGAGCUGCUCUGCCAAGACACUGACUCCUAAAUUUGGUCUCCUGAAUAUUGUGAUGGAACCGUUUUUUAAAAGAGAAGUUUUAGAUACCUACCUUGUCCCAAUUAGCAUCAGUUAUGAUAAGAUAUUGGAAGAAACUCUUUAUGCAUAUGAACUUUUAGGAGUUCUGAAGCCAAAAGAAUCUACAACUGGGUUGUUGAAAGCCAGAAAGAUCCUCUCCAAAAUCUUUGGAAGCAUCCACGUGUACUUCAGAGACCCUGUAUCACUUCACUCUCUGGCAGCUGGAAGGAUGAGUCAGAGCCCAUGUAACUUGGUUCCAAGAUACAUCCCGCAGAAUCAGUCUGAGGACAUGCAUGCUUUUAUCACUAAAGUUGCAUGCAAAAUGCAUUUGCAAAUCGAGAACUUAGUUCUGAGCUCCUGGAGCUUGGCAGUUGCAGUGCUGCUUCAGAACCGGCCAUCUAUGGACUUAGACGCUCUGGUGGAGAAGACUCUGUGGCUGAAGGGCUUGGCCCAGGCGUUUGGAGGUUUCCUCCUGUGGCCUGAUAAUGAACCUGCUGUGGAAAUUGUCCAGUCCAGCAUUCUUCUGCAUUCCAACCUCACCAACCUUGUGAGAGACCAGGUGAUUCUGAACGUGGACUCCGGGGACUCAGAAGUGGUCGAUGAACUCAUUUUCCGACGUGAAGAAAAAUGCUUUAGCAGCUUUUGUAAGACUUGGUGUGGUAGAGAAAAAGAAGAUAAACAAUGA